AUGAUCAACGACCACAAGAGAAUCAACAUAUAUGACACGAUUUUGCAAUUGAUACGAAUAUUUUUGGCGUCGAUAUAUCUGUUCUAUAUCGUUUUAACCAUCCCCUUGAGUUUUGAGAUAGGCGGAAUAGACUGUGGCCUGAGUUAUUCCAUCACCAUUUUGCUCAUCUAUUUCUGUCUCGCUACUUUAAGGGUCCUCAAAUACCAUCGCAUUAUUUCGUCAUUCCUUUACUACACGCAACACUUUCUACUUCCCAGCUUGCUAUCCAUUUUUUUAACCGUUUUCACAUCUUCUGACGAGUAUAAUGCAAGUACACUGAUGAAAAAGAUUUGGUGGAAUUUCAUCAUAAAAUCCUGGAAAUUAUUCCUUAUGAACUCUACUCCUUUGUUUACUAUCCUGGAAGGGUUUUGCUCACUGCUUUCAAUACAGGCUAUCGGACAAAUGUCACAAUAUCUGAUAAAGCACAAGUCCGACACCUGGUCAAUUGUCAACCUUAUCACAAGUGCGUGUAUUUUAUCUUCCUGCCUGUUCUUCUUUGUGAAAAUAUAUGUGUCUCCUAUAGAUUUGCAAAGAGUUGGACUUAUUUCCGCUUCAUUAUUAGGAUCUGCGUUCACUUGUACAAUACUGAUCACCGUCUUUGGAAUCUAUUCUGGGAAAGCAUCUCCUCUGGAGUGCUCCCUUAUGGUGGCAUAUAUUGUGAAAUGCUGCUACGAGCUGUUUCCGGAGCUUUCAGAAAUGAAUUUCAAUAUGUUACUCAAAUUUAUUAUGAAUGAGUUCAAAAAAUUGGACUACCAAGCCAACUCAUUGAAUAAGGAGUUUCUCAAUUCGAUCCAGACAACAUUCAAUAACUUCAAGACAGGACGCGAUCUUCUUGAUUACGUGCAUCUUGAGUUCUUGGCCAAGUCUACCACUAAAGAUAAAUUACUGUUGGUUUACGUCAAAGUGAAAGAAUUUAUUGUGGAUAUCGUGAUUAAAUUCGUUACGGAAAAUUUCCCCAAGUCAUUUGAGUCUCUUUGGGAUUUUCUUAAGAUCUCUAUUAGCAACCUCACCUUUUCGAUUCUUAUUCAAUUAGCAUACAGAAUAUGUGUGUUUUUCGCCGCAACCAAAAUCAUUCCGAUCCUUCAACCAGUUCAAAAAUCGAACAGACAUGAAACGAGGGUUAGAAACAAGUCAACUUCUAGUCGCUUGAUUUACCUCUACUCUCCUUGUAUCAUCAUUGCUGUUUACACGAAUCUCAUGAUCCAAUACAUUGAUGAGCUCGACACGCACAAUCACUUUUGGAACUGGCUCAAUUUUCAGUUUGGAGGUUCCAGCGCUCAAGUUCCUGAGGUCACAAACUCCGUCCACUCGUGGCAAGUGUGGAACUGGAUAAACAUUUUUGGUGUGCUACUAUUAUAUUCUCUUGAGCUGAUGAGCCAUGAUCCUGACGAUAGCUCGCUUACGGAUCACUGGAGCAUCUAA